CCCACUUGAGGUGAAACUUAGUCAGGGACUGGGUACUUUCUGAAGUCUUAUCUAAGACUGUCAUUAGUUGCCAGAUUGAAAAGGCAUUGUAGAUUAUUUUUAGGAAGCAAAAACCAACCAAAGACCACCAUGAAAAAAGUUCGUUGUAACAUGACAGAGUUUUGGAAGGAGCACUCCAAGUGUGCCACAGUGGAGGAGAUGAUGCUGGAUUCUCGUGCCAGUGAGCUGACUGAGCAAGAGCUGCCAGAGAUCCUCUCCAUGCUGCCUCCUCUGGCUGGAUAUAGAGUGCUGGAGCUGGGAGCUGGAAUCGGUCGUUACACCAGCCACCUGCUGACCAAGGCCGCCCACGUGACAGCUGUGGACUUCAUGGAGAGCUUUGUGGAGAAGAAUCGGCAGGAGAACGGUCACCAUAGCAAUGCCUCCUUCAUCCAAGCUGAUAUCACAAAAUUAGAUUUCCCCCAACACAGCAUUGAUUUCAUUUUCUCCAACUGGCUGCUGAUGUACCUGAGUGACGAGGAACUGAAGUCCUGCAUGGAGAAAAUGCUUAACUGGCUGCAGCCUGGUGGCUUUUUCUUUUUCCGAGAGUCCUGCAACCACCCGUCAGGGGACAGCAAGAGAGAUUUCAACCCCACUUUCUACCGCAGUGAAGCCCAGUACAGUCACCUGGUAUCUUUAGUCCAGGUGGAGGUGCCAGAUGGAGACCAAAACUUUGGUUUCGAAACUGUGCUGAAAAAGAAAGUUCAGACCUAUGUGGAGAUGAAAAACAAUCCAAAUCAAAUCUGCUGGCUGCUGCAGAAGGUUCCCCGCUCCUCCCAGUAUGGAUUCAGCACCUUCCAGCAGUUCCUAGACAACCAGCAGUACACCAGACAAGGCAUCCUGCGCUACGAGAAGAUGUUUGGAGCUGGUUACGUCAGCACAGGAGGACCCAGCACCACAAAGGAGUUUGUGGACCUACUAAACCUAAAACCUGGACAGAAGGUUCUGGAUGUUGGUUGUGGCAUUGGUGGAGGAGACUUCUACAUGGCAAAGGCAUUCGGGGUAGAAGUGCUCGGCCUGGAUCUGUCUGACAACAUGGUGGACAUCGCCAUGGGGAGGGCGUUAACUGAGAAACUACCAUCAGUGCAGUUUGAGGUGGCUGAUGCCACCAAGAGGAUGUUUCCUGAAGGUUCAUUUGAUGUGAUCUACAGCAGGGACACAAUCUUGCACAUAGAUGACAAACUGGCCCUUUUUAGACGCUUCCAUUCAUGGUUAAAACCAGGUGGCCAACUGCUUAUUAGUGACUACUGCUGUGGGAAGAAGCCCUGGACACCAGCAUUCGAGGCCUACGUCAGACAGAGAGGUUACGUCCUCUAUACACCAUCAGAGUAUGGCAAGUUCAUUCAGGAAGCUGGCUUCUGUAAUGUUCAGGCAGAGGAUCGGACGGCCCAGUUUAUCCAAAUCAUUAAGACAGAGCUGCAGAGAGCAGAGGCCAUCAAAGAUGAAUUUAUUGAGGAAUUCUCUGAGGAGGACUAUUUUGCAAUAGUUAACGGAUGGAAAGAAAAACUGGAGCGUUCCAAUAGUGGAGACCAAACAUGGGGACUCUUUCAUGCAAGAAAAAAUUAAGUUU